AUGGUACGGGAAUCAGAGGAACCUUCUGGAAAGGAAAUGGAGGAUACCGGAGAUUGUGGUUUUAACGAUGGAUCUUUGGAGAGAUUUCAUCAAAUCUCUCCAGAUCGGAUUUGUGUGAUAGGGGUGGUACGAGAAUCAGGGGAGCUCUCUGGAACGGAAAAGGAGGAUAUGGGAGAUUUGGGAAAUCAAGGAUCUCACGCGAGGAGCGGAGAGGAAUUAAUGAUUGGAGUCUUUGGAUCAAAAGCGGAGGAAGAAGAGAUUGGGGGUGGGGACGAAAUCUCCCAGUUAAGGCAAAUCCUGACUUUUGAUAGGAGACAUGAUCCUCGUCACAGACUUGUGAAGUUAUUGAAUGGUUGCUGUUCAAAAAGUAGACAGACUCUGCAAGAUUGGGCAACGCAAGAGCUCCGUCCACGACGGAAUCAGGAUGGAUUUGGGACAAUUGGUGGCCAGAGUAUCGACGGAUUAUGCCGAGGAACAGAAGAUCGCUUGUAG